AUGAAUUAAAUUUAGGUAAUGAAAGCUAGUAUACAUCAGAAUUCAAAGGUUGCCAUGAGCGUAGGAGAUUUUAAUGUAAACAAUAAUGACCUUGAUAGAAUAGAAAAAUUAACAAGUUUUAGAAUUACUCAGAAACUUUGUUCUAGAUUAUUCAAAUAUUGAAUUGUUUAAGAGUUUAAUACUUGAAGAUUGUAAUCCUGAAACCACGUUUGCUCUUUAUUCAAUUAUCUAAAAAGGUCUUAUAAAUGGGGAUCAAUUUACAAAUUUUCCUCACUAAAAAGUAAGCACAGAGUACUUUUAUAAUGAAUAUGAUCAUCGAAUGAAUAUUACAGAAAUUUGCACUAAACAUAUUGAAAUCGCUCUGAUUUAUUUGCAAUAAACUCAUAAUCAUCCAAGUUAUGUACAUAAUUAAGUAAUAUUUACAAUUGCACUUCUAAUGAGAAAAAAUUGGAUUGACAUUUUAAAAAUUGAAGAAAUCAUUAGCCAAAUAAUCAACAGCACUAUUUAAGCAAACAAGAUAGUCUUUUUUAAAAUAUUUGAAAAUCUAAUAAGUUGUAUUCGAUAAUAUUCUUAUGCGAAUGGGUAUAUUGAAUUUAGAAAAAUCCUCAAUAAUUUUUAAAUGUAAUUGCAUACUUCUAUUUUAGGCUAUCCUUAUCAAGAGUAAUAUCAGUUAUUCAUUAACAAAUUUAAUAAUUAUAAGGAUCCUCUUUGUUAUAAUUAUACACAUAAAAUAAAACAAUGGCAGAGUCAUUUAUUAACUUAUUAUAUCAGUUGAUGAACUUGAAUUUUAAUUUAAGUUAUUAUGAGAUUGAUAUGGACAAUGAUGGAAAGGAUACUUCCUAAUUAACUAAUGUAUUUAAUCCAAUUUAAUUCCUAGUUUCCAGAUUAUUAUUUAGACUUGAUAAUAGACCCAAUAUUUUUGAAAGAACUCUUCCAAGAUACAAUUGGAUUCAUAAACGUUGACCAAAAUCUAUCUCUAUAAUGUAUAACCAUGCUUUAAAGGAUUGCUUGUGUGAGAUUAUCCAUAUUUCAUAAUAAGAAAUGUAAAGGAUAAUUUAGAAGAGUAAUGUGGGAAGGAUUGCUCUAUUUAUAUUAGAACCAAGAUUAAUUUAUCAAUUAUGUAGAAUUCUCAUCUGAAAUACAUUCUUUAGCAAUAAGAGUUAUUAACAAUCUAACAUUGAGAAAAGUAGCCAAAUUUUAGUUUCAAUUUGAUAAUUUUUUUUAGUUGAUAUAAUAAGUCUACUAAAGAACAAUUUAGAUAUAUGGAGUCAAAGUCAUGUUGAAUAGUCCAAUAAUUAAAUUAUAAGAACUAUGGAACUAAAUUAGUUAUUAGGGAUCAUUACAUUAGCCUUUACAUGAUGAAUUUAAUGUAAAAAUAGGCAACGCUAUGUAAAAUCAAUUAAUUUUGGUAUUGAGGACUUUUUUUUAAUAAAAUUAAUUUACAGAAAUUCGGUAAGAAUGCAGUGUUAAAAAGUUUAAAAAGUUAUUGGAAUUAACAUUUAUGCCUUUUCAUUGUCUAUUUAAAUCCCAUAUCUAAGAUAAUAUUAAUCUCAUUUUACAGAUGAUCGAACAAUUAAGAGGAGAUAAUGAAUGUAUGACAAUAUUAGUAAUAAUUAGAUUAAUGUACUGCUGUUAUAAGUCUCACAAUAAUAUUUUUGUUACAUACUUCAAACACUGAGAUCUUAAAUUUAGGGUUUGAUUCCUAUAAUUUUGGAUAGAAAGAAGAACCAAAGCCUAAUCUUGAUGGCUAGUCGUAUAUCCUAAAAUUUAUAGUGGAACUUAUCAUGAAUUAGUAAGUGCAAAAGAAUACAAGAAUUUUAAAAAUUGCAAUUUUAUCCUUCAUAGAUAGCUUUAUUGCUACAACAAUUGACUCUUUUUGUUAUGAUUAAGAAACUAAAAAUUUCAAGAAUCUUUCUCAAAUAUACUCACAACUGAUUCGUGUAGAUCAAAGAUAUCAAAAUUAUGUCUUAGUUUUAGAGACUAUGCUUGAUGAAUGGUAAUAUAUAUUCUCAAAUAUCAUAGUUUCUAAGUAUUUACUUAUGGUGAUCCUCAAUUAAUAGAAUUCAGUCUUAAAUUAAUUGAAUUCAUUUAUUAGAAAGUAAAAAAAUACAUUCCCAGAAAAGUAUUCAAGGUGUGCACUAUCACAGACAUGUUGAAACAGUUCUUCUUAUAAUUAAAUAUCACUUGUCUGAAUACGCCUUAAUAUAUAAAGAAGAGAGCUAUGGUCUUUAAAAUUAUCACUAUUGUUUGGGUGGAUGAUUGCUCUGAUGAUUAUCUCAAUUCCCUUGUUGACAUUUACAGCCAAAUCAAGAAAAGCAUUUUGAUUGAAAUGAAUAAGGUUAACAUUCUAAAAUACGUUUGGGAUCUUAUUGGCAUUGCUUCAGAAAUAGAUGUCGAUAAUAUUUAUAGAGCAUUCUUAAGAAUAAUGUAUAAAAUAACAUGAAUCAAUUAGAUAUCCUGAUCUUGCAGGACUAUUGACCCAAGAAAAUAUUGAGCUUUUUGCUAAGGAUUACGAUUCUUCCAUAGCCAUCAUCACCUUAUUCAAAGCCAUAUUUUAUAACAAGUAUUAGUUUAUAUGUAAAUUAGAAACACGAGAUUAUCAACUGAAAACAUUUAACUAAUAUUAUAUUAAAUUUAUGGUAAAGCCAUGAAAUUCUUUAUCAUACUAAUUUAAUAGCAAAUUCAAACAGCAAAAACACAAUAAAAACUAUCAGAUUUGUAAUUGAAGUAAGUAUCCAAACUUUUCGCACUCAUGAGUCAAAUAUCAGGAUAGAAGAAGAUUAAUUAAGGUUUUUUCAUUAUUUACAACGAUUAAUCUUUCCUGGAACUCUUUAACUUGUAGAUACAACUCAUCUUAAUUUAUCGACCAUUGCUUUAACAUAUCCCAAAAUACAAAAAAUUACUAUACGAAUGUUUUGAUUGCAUAUGUUAGGACCAUUCAGAAACAUUGGCUUACAAGUGCGACUUGAAUUUGUAUCUUGAUAUAUUCCUUAUUUGUAAGGAAUCAUUAAAAGACAUUAUUUAUGAUAAUUAAGGUGAGGAUACAAUAAAUGAGAAUAGUGCCACACUUAUACUAAUUGGAACUCUAUUGAGCAAUAUAUCAACAUUUUUAAUCUAAGAAGCUUCGGUUGGAGACAUCAAUGAUUUGCAAAUGAUAAAAAAUAAAAUAAAUGGAAUAAAUGUAUAGGGAAAACAAAUACUCUACGACAUUUUUAAUUUGAGCUGCUAAAUAACAUUAAUUUAUCCUAAAAAUUCGAAACUUAUAUUUGCUAUCCCAGAAAUCUUAUAUGCAGUUUCAAUAUUCAGCCCAUAAGAUGUAACAAUCAUAUAUAAUACUUUAGUUUGAGACGCUUCUCAUCACAAUGAUAACCAACUAAAUAGGGAUAACAUCAAAUCCUAUAAUUGAUUAAAUCAGUUUAGCUUUCAAAAAUCUAUAGGGAGAGUUAUCCACUUCAAACAAAGAAGAUUUUGCAAGAAAAAUUAAAUUAGUUUUAGAAAUGUAUAAAUGA